CUUAUUGUCACUGACAAGACACAGAACUUAAGACGUUUAGAAGCUCAAAGGAAUGAACUAAAUGCCAAAGUGAGGAUGUUAAGAGAAGAACUUCAGCUCCUACAAGAACAAGGCUCUUAUGUGGGGGAGGUUGUCAAACCCAUGGACAAAAAGAAAGUGCUAGUCAAGGUACAUCCAGAAGGGAAAUUUGUGGUGGACGUAGACAAAAAUAUAGACAUAAACGAUGUGACUCCAAAUUGCCGAGUAGCUCUUAGGAAUGACAGUUACACACUACACAAAAUUCUGCCAAACAAGGUGGACCCUCUAGUGAGUUUGAUGAUGGUAGAAAAGGUUCCUGAUUCCACGUACGAAAUGGUGGGAGGUCUGGACAAGCAGAUCAAAGAAAUAAAGGAAGUGAUAGAACUGCCAGUAAAACACCCCGAGUUAUUUGAAGCUCUGGGCAUUGCCCAGCCUAAGGGUGUAUUGCUUUAUGGCCCCCCUGGUACAGGGAAGACGCUGUUAGCCAGAGCUGUAGCUCACCACACGGAGUGUACGUUUAUCCGAGUCUCCGGAUCCGAGCUGGUCCAGAAAUUCAUCGGUGAGGGAUCUAGGAUGGUGCGCGAACUCUUCGUCAUGGCCAGGGAGCAUGCACCUUCUAUUAUUUUCAUGGAUGAAAUUGAUUCUAUAGGAUCUUCAAGAUUAGAAGGGGGCUCAGGAGGUGACUCUGAAGUGCAAAGAACUAUGUUAGAAUUGUUAAACCAGUUGGAUGGAUUUGAGCCAAAACAAAACAUAAAGGUGAUUAUGGCAACAAACAGAAUUGAUAUCCUUGACUCAGCCUUACUAAGACCAGGCAGAAUAGACAGAAAAAUUGAGUUUCCUCCUCCAAAUGAAGAGGCAAGAUUAGACAUCCUGAAAAUUCACUCCCGUAAAAUGAAUCUGACUCGAGGAAUCAAUCUACGAAAAAUUGCCGAAAUGAUGCCAGGAGCUUCAGGGGCAGAGGUCAAAGGAGUUUGCACAGAAGCUGGAAUGUACGCCUUAAGAGAGAGACGUGUUCACGUAACACAGGAGGACUUCGAGUUGGCUGUGGCUAAGGUACCGCUAAAAAUAGGUCUUUUAAUUGGGUAUCCA